AGUGCGGAGAAUCGACGAGGCACACGACAGAACGUUAGCGGCGCUGGUGCAAUAUGCGUUACUGAACUGUCAGUACCAUUAGUUGAGAAAUAAGGCGUGUACCUAACCGGAUCCUUCGGUACGAGAAAGCGCGGAAUCUAUUUUUCUCGUGUAUACACUUAUAUUUCUCGCGAACCGGCGAUCGGCGGAGAUCUAGAGAAAAACGCGGGUGUGAAAAUGGCGAAGCGAAUCAACCACAUCGUACUGAUUGCUACAAUGUUGGCCAGUGCGUGUGUCAUUCAAGGAGCGAGCAUCACAGAUUGGGUCACUGAGUUCACGAGCAACCUCAAUCGUGACCUUAAUAGCCAGAUUCAACAAAUUAAUCAAGAAGUAGCAGAUUUGACCAAAAAUAUUCAAAAAGAUGUUGCAAAAACGAUUCAGAAUCUACCGAGAGAUGCACAAGGAAAUAUAAUAAGCGAUAGUGGCAGCAGUGUUAUAAGCGUUACUGGUAACGGCACUAAAUAUGUAACCAUUAUUGAUGGUGUAUCAAGAAUAAUUACGACUGGUUACACAAAAGAUGGGGAACCGUAUAUACGCGAUAUUGUGGAGAAACGCAUAGGAGAUAUGCUUUAUCGGAAUGAAACUAUUACUUUUCCAAAAACUGGUGUCAGCGAGACGACUGCGUGGAAAUUAGAUCUCGCGAAACCAGGUUCCAAGCCGGAAAUAAUUACGGAAACAAAGACGGAUACAAAAAAGGAUGAAAAAUAAUGCAAUGUUUCUUCUUCCUACAUCCCAUAUUAUAUAUUAUAUACUUUGGCUUAAAACAUUAAAUAACUUAUGUAAUCAAUAAAAGGUCAUGUUAUAGCUGUGAGAAAUUAAUAGAUUGCAAUAUAAAAAUAAAAAAAAAUACAAGUAUGUAAUUGACUAGAUAUUUUCUAAAAUAUAUUAUGAUUCAUAAUAAAUGCCUAGAAUCUCUGUGUCAUUGAAUUUUUAUGAACAUUUUAAAAUUCCGUGCAAUUAAUCUGAAUAUUAAAAGAUGUAAUUACUCUGCAAUAAAUUUGAUAAACCUACA